AUGAUACUAAUGGUGACAAUUUUUAUGGUGCUUCUGUUCUGGGAAAAUGAGCUCAGUGAUGAAGUGACGAUGUUAACCUUAGAGCACUUGCACGUGGACUACCCCCGGAACGACGCUUCUGUAAGGUACUGCAACUUCAUGAUCACACAAAGAGUCAUCAAAGACCCUGACCACACGUGCAAAAAGGAGCAUGUCUUCAUCCACGAGAGGCCUCGAAAAAUUAAUAGUAUUUGCACUUCUCCCAAGAAAGUGGCUUGCCAAAACCAUUCCACCAUUUUCUGCUUCCAGAGCGAGACAAAAUUCAAAAUGACAGUCUGUCAGCUCAUUGAAGGCACCAGAUAUCCCGCCUGCAGGUACCACAUUUCCCCCACGGAGGGGUUUGUUCUUGUCACUUGUGAUGACUUUGGACCAGUUCAUUUCCAGGGAUAUGUUGACUAA